AUGGUGCGCAUACGGAAUAGUCGACGCGAGAAGCCCGCCGCGCCGGCUGCCGCUACACACGAUAUUGACUUUGGGCCACUUAUGGCGGCAGCUUCGGGCGGCGGGGUGGAAGUCCAAGCGUCCGAGUGGCUCCAGACUGAGUGGAGCUACUCGAGUCCUGACAACACGCACGUCUUCGUGGGGGAGAAAUCAGUCGUGGACUACGCGUUCGACAGUGGCUUGCUGAAGAGGCGGAUGCUGAUGCUCAAGUCCGAGAUGAAGAAGCGAAAAGGAAUCAAGGUGACAACUCAUUACUCGGAGCUGUUUGAUGCGGAUGACGAGGAUCCGGCAGAGGUAGAAAAAUCGGAGGAACAUCCUCCAGCUCGAGACGUCGUGGAGUUAUCUUCAGGUAGUGAGCAGGGGCUAGAACCGAAACCAGUCAUCACAGCAGCUGCGAAGGCCAAAUUGCAUCUAGUGAAGACGAAGUUGCCCAAGCUGCCGGAAACAUCCCAACUCAUCGCAUUAAAGCAGCGUCAAAAUGGAGUUAUAGGCAAUAUCCUCCAAGAAUUGCGAGACAGUCAUGGGAGUAGCUUGCCACUUCAUCCUGACUCACUGGAAGAAGCUGCGACGUUCGAACAGAUUGAGAGCAGUCUAGGCAUGAAAGAAGUCUCUACCCCAGCGUCCGGAAAUUGUAUGGCGAUGGCGAUUUCGCAGGCACUGGCAGACCAAAAUUUGGCAGCCAAACCUGCAACGAUGGAAAAGUUAACAGCGGCGAUCAAACGGGGAAUCUGUUGGGCAGGCCAGCUCAACUGUAUGGAGCAAUUUGAUCAUUUCACCCGGACCACCACCUUAGUGAAUAUGGGGAGGGGAUGGGAAGGAAUGGGUCCGAAGGAAUCGAGCAAACAGUUUAGAUGGUAUCUGCAAGAGUAUGCGGCCUCCUCCUCCAAGAUAUUAGACUCAGUAUCAAGAUACAACUGGGGUUCCAGUGAAUUGAUGGCCACUGCAGCGAAUUUUCUCCGUAGACGCAUCUUCGUCUUAGCUUUUGACACUGAUGAAAAAAAACAAUGGCACUGCUCGGAGUAUCGACCGAGUAGUAUGACACGGGGCAGAAAAUUUUUCGAAACUGGUCAACAGGUCCCGCUUCAGCUACAGGAAUGUCUUCAGAGAAUCUAUCAAGCCAAACUUGACGACCCACAGACUGGGCCGCUAGUUCUUCGCUUCUGGGGCCGCCACUACUCGGCUUUCGUACAUUCAGCGGCUUUCCAAAUCCCCGUCGCAACAGUAAACACGCCAUACGAGGAAAAACGGGAAGGGCCGCUGGCAAGGGAUGCAGACGUGGACAUGAACUCGGAACCACGCGAAGUAGCGAGCUCCGAUCAAGCGCAAAGGAAUAAUGAUGAUCCGUGGGAUCCGACGGCCUGUGAUGGUGACUUAGAUGAACUCAAGAGACGGCUCUCCGGCUUAUCAAUUCCGCAUGACUUGAAAUGUGAAAUACACGUCAUUCUCCAGCAGGCGGAACCGACCCGGCAGCUCUUGCAGAAAUAUCAAAUCUCCAAAGUUGUCUUACAGCAGUGGAAAUCAACAGUUCAAUCGGCGCAUACGAGAGUGAUUCAGCGCGAUAUGAUCAGCGAAGGUGCAGCGGAGGAAGAGACCGCAUCGUUAUACGAACCAUCGUCCGGGAGUAGCCAGGACAGCUCGCAGCCAACAGUAACACCCCGGCGAACCAAGCAACCCCCUCCGAAAGCGCCCACCAAACGAGCACAUACGCUCACGCCAAUGGAGUGCGAAGCUAUACGACAAGGAGUGAAGGCCAAACGAGAUCACACUAAUCAGCAGUUGCAGGAAGCUCCGAAGCAAGCAGACCAGACCAUGGUGCCCACGCUUCCGACCAAGCCUGUCCGAGAGGCUUGGCCAGAACAAUGGCAACAAAUGCAAUCGAUAUGGCCAUCGACAGCGAGCGCUCCAUUCCCACUUGAACAGAGCACUGAAGAAGAAUGGAUCUUGACGGCAAGAGCGGAACCUACAAUGCUUCUCCACAUGAUCCAACGCUUUGCAUUCCCUGAAGAACUUAUGGCCUCCCUUAGUGACAAGACGCUCAUGGAAUGGACUUCCCAAUGGAGACGAGACUGCGUGCAAGCCAGCCUCAUCGCGUAUCGUAGUCGCUCGGAUGAUCGGGGCACUCUCAGAUGGUUAGAUGACUGGAAGGCGCGCUCCUCUGGUGGAUAG